AUGGACACCCAGAAGAAUGUCCAACCCCCAAAGCAGCAGCCAAUAAUAUAUAUCUGUGGAGAAUGUCACGCAGAAAAUGAAAUGAAAUCCAGGGAUCCAAUCAGAUGCAGAGAAUGUGGAUACAGAAUAAUGUACAAGAAAAGGACUAAAAGAUUGGUGGUUUUUGAUGCUUGAUG